AUGCCCAACGACAACCCCAACGACUCCUGGCAUUACCCCAAGUCCAAAGCUGGACAGACAUGGGUAAAGACUUGGAGGAAAGUCUAUCAUCCUCUUGGGUUCAAGAAGGGCUAUAACUUUCCCCUCUUCGUAAUCUUUGUUGGAGCAUUGAUGGGAUUUUCGCUAUCCAGAAUUAUGUAUCUUGACUUCGACAGAUCGUUCCUUCCGAACACGAUUCCGGGAGAUGCAAUCAACUACCGGUCUGGUCGAAUGAGAGUUGGAAUGAUCCUCCACCUUGGAGCGAUACUCCCUGCAGGAAUUCUGGCAUGUUUUCAGUUUGUUCCCAUUAUUCGUCACACGGCUAUAUUAUUUCACCGCCUGAAUGGGUACUUGAUCAUCCUUCUGUUCCUCAUCGCCAACGCGGGAGCCUAUAUAAUCAUACCACAAGCCGCCGGAGGAGCGCCGUCUACCCAAGUCGCUUUGGGUUGCCUUGCAACCUUAACAACAAUUACUAUUACGCUAUCAUACAUCAACAUCAAACGGCUACAACUCGACCAGCACCGUGCAUGGAUGAUACGCACUUGGGUCUACGCAGCCAGUGUCAUCACGCUACGCCUAAUUUAUGAGGCGAUGCAUAAGUAUAUUGCAGAUCACCAAUCGCGUGACUGGUACGACGUCCAAACUUGUGCCAGUAUCUGGGCACAGUACGUACUCCAUGGCGCUCCUGAUGGCGAGGGAAAUCCAGUGCCGAUGAUAUAUGCACAGUGCACCGGUCCAAACUCCACCGUGCCUGUGGUAAUCCAGGGCCACCCAGAUGGGCCGGGACCCGAAUACUCUACAGCAGCUUUCAGCUCCAGUUUUGGCGCGAGCACCUGGUUGGCUUUGCUCAUUCACAUUAUCGGUGCUGAGAUCUACCUGGCAUUGACCCCUGCUGAGAGCGAAAGAUUGAGGACGGUGAGCUAUGAGAGGCAGCUCAAGGCCGGUUUCCGCCACCCCGGCCGAGCUGGAUUGACUGUUGAUAAGUUCGGUGAUGCUCCAGCCUUCAAACCUCUCAUGGAGAAUCAAACCGAAAUGACUUAG